AAACACAACCCGUAUAUAUUUAAAUCCAGCAAAGGGAAUCAAAUUCCAAUAUUUCCAAACACAAGGCCACUAAAACGCACACGCACGCACACGUACUUCAUUUUGCUCGCCCAGGCUCUCUUUUCUCUCCGAAAGCUCUGCAAAUUUCGCAGCCAAGAAAAGGAAGUGGUACAGAUGAGGCUGCUUAAGGUAGCGACUUGUAAUUUGAACCAAUGGGCUAUGGAUUUCGACUGCAAUUUGAAGAAUAUUAAGGAGUCCUUAACUAUGGCAAAAGAGGCCGGGGCUGUGAUUCGUCUCGGUCCUGAGCUUGAGAUUACCGGUUAUGGCUGCGAAGACCAUUUUUUGGAGCUUGAUACUGUGAACCAUGCAUGGGAAUGCUUGAAAGAUUUACUACUGGGUGACUGGACAGAUGGUAUCUUAUGCAGCUUUGGCAUGCCCGUGAUCAAUGGCUCAGAGCGUUACAAUUGUCAAGUUCUGUGUUUGAACCGCAAAAUUAUCAUGAUACGCCCAAAAAUGUGGCUUGCUAAUGAUGGGAAUUAUAGAGAACUUAGAUGGUUCACGGCAUGGAAAACAAAAGACCAACUUGUUGACUUUCAGCUGCCAUAUGAAAUUUCUGAGGCUUUGCAACAGAAGAGGGUGCCUUUUGGUUAUGGUUACAUUCAGUUUCUGGACACAGCUGUGGCAGCUGAAAUUUGUGAAGAGCUCUUUGCUCCUUGUCCUCCCCAUGCUGAGCUUGCAUUGAAUGGGGUCGAAGUGUUUAUGAAUGCAAGUGGAAGUCACCACCAACUAAGAAAACUUGAUGUUCGUCUCCGUGCUUUUAUAGGUGCUACUCACACCCGGGGAGGAGUUUACAUGUACAGCAAUCACCAAGGAUGUGAUGGUGGCCGCCUUUACUAUGAUGGAUGUGCUUGUGUUGUUGUUAAUGGGGAUUUGGUUGCUCAAGGCUCACAAUUUUCUUUGAAGGAUGUUGAAGUUGUGGUUGCCCAAAUAGAUCUAGAAGCGGUUGCUAGUCUUAGAGGAUCUAUUAGUAGCUUCCAAGAGCAAGCAAGCUGCAAAACCAUAGUCCCUUCUGUAAUGGUGCCUUACCGUCUUUGUCAGUCCUUUAACCUGAAAAUGGGUCUUUCUAGUCCACUGAAGAUUAGUUAUCACUGUCCCGAGGAGGAAAUAGCCUAUGGCCCUGGUUGCUGGUUGUGGGACUACUUAAGAAGGAGUGGAGCUUCGGGUUUUUUGCUUCCUCUUUCUGGUGGAGCAGAUAGCUCCUCUGUAGCUGCCAUUGUUGGCUGUAUGUGCCAGCUUGUUGUUAAAGAAAUAGCAAAUGGAGAUGAACAAGUUAAAGCUGAUGCAAUAAGAAUUGGGCAUUAUACCCAGGGACAGUUUCCUACUGACAGCAGAGAAUUUGCAAAACGCAUAUUUUACACAGUAUUUAUGGGAUCAGAAAACAGUUCUGAAGCCACCAAAUCACGGGCAAAAGUGCUAGCAGAUGAGAUCGGCUCAUGGCAUCUUGACAUUAGCAUAGAUGGUGUUGUAUCUGCACUUUUAUCUUUGUUUCAGACAGUUACAGGAAAGCAACCACGUUACAAGGUAGAUGGAGGAUCAAACAUUGAGAACUUGGGUCUGCAAAACAUUCAAGCUCGAAUCAGGAUGGUGCUGGCUUUUAUGUUUGCAUCACUCUUGCCUUGGGUUCAUAGCAAACCUGGGUUUUAUCUUGUUUUGGGUAGCUCUAACGUGGAUGAAGGAUUGCGUGGUUACCUAACAAAGUAUGACUGCAGUGCAGCUGACAUAAAUCCAAUUGGAAGUAUUAGUAAGCAAGAUCUUCGGGCAUUCCUUAGAUGGGCUGCCAUCCAUCUUGGUUACUCAUCCUUGGCAGAUAUUGAAGCAGCUCCACCAACUGCUGAACUAGAGCCUAUACGUUCAAACUACAGUCAGCUGGAUGAAGUGGACAUGGGAAUGACAUAUGAGGAACUCUCAGUAUAUGGAAGGUUACGGAAAAUUUUCCGUUGUGGUCCUGUAUCCAUGUUCAAGAAUCUCUGCUACAGAUGGGGAGCAAGAUUGACACCAUCAGAAGUGGCUGAGAAAGUGAAACACUUUUUCAAGUAUUACUCCAUUAAUCGACACAAAAUGACUGUAUUGACACCUUCCUAUCAUGCUGAGAGUUAUUCGCCGGAAGAUAAUAGGUUUGAUCUCCGGCAAUUCCUCUACAAUGCGAGAUGGCCGUAUCAGUUCCAAAAGAUUGAUGAUCUUGUACAAGAGUUGGAUGGAGAAAGAAUUCAUAUGCGAGAAUCAGGGGAUCAUGAAAAGCUAGGAGCUGCUUCAAAUGGUAUAGGUGGAAUGGGAGUUGUUGCAGCAGGCUCAGGCAACCCCAAUGUUGGAUUAUAGUUUGAAGAAAACAAGAAAUAAGCUUAUAGGCAAAUAUAUUAAAUCGAUGCAAAAAAUAUAUAUUCCUGUUUUAUUUAUUUGUCACACUGGUUUCCUCAAUCAAAUUAGUGUGACCUCUUGAUUUGUUUGAGUUCCUUGGAAAGUUUAAUUUCCGUUCAAGAAUGUGUUCUAUAUACUUUCGCAUUGAUUUUAAUAUAAAAUGAGCAUAUUUUACAUUCUGACAA